AUGAGAGACAUUCAUACGCCACGGUCGCAGAGUUUCAGGUGGAACAACAUUCACUUCAGAGCAGAGACACUGACCACGUUUCCACCGUCUCAGAAAGUGACCCACACUGACAAUCUGAAGAUGGUGAUUCUCGAUGUGUUAAUAAUAGGGGCUGGCCCUCAUGCCUUGACCCUGGCCAGCUUGCUAUUAAAUCCUGAAAGUGGUCCAAACUCAGAUCCUGAACCUGACCUCCCCUCCUGCUGCUCGACCUCAGUCUGUGCAGGCCUGACACUGGAGGAGCAACUAGCAAAGACAACCAUAUCAGAGAAUGUCGUUUGUCCCCCGCUGAGUGUGCGAGUGGUCGACUCCUACGGUGUGUGGACGAAUCUGUGGGAGAGCCAGUUCACAGCUCUGAACAUCCCUCACCUGCGCUCACACACUCUGGUACACACAGAGCCUCUCAACAAGAAGGCGCUGCAGGAGUAUGUUUUAAAGUCAGCUCGAUCAUCAGAGCUUCACAGUCUGCCAGACCAGCUCUACAUCCUGGACGAAAACGCAUUUUUCAACGACAUGAGGCUGGGCAAAAAGGAAAAGAAACGUCUUAACAUCACCUCAACACUGAAGAAGAGUUUAUCCUUCAGUCUGCCAGGAACCAAACUGAGUGUGGAUUUCUUUAAGGAUCAGGUGGAGAGAUACAACUUGGACAAAGUGUUGGUGAAGGGAACAGUGGAGCACAUCACACCUGCCAUGACAGGGACUGAACGGAAAGGAGAUCGGACGAGGAAGCGAGUAGAAUAUUUUCUAGUCCAACUUCAAGAAGGAGUUGUCUUGAAGGCUCGCAAAGUAGUUAUGGCAACAGGUCCAACCCGUGCCCAGAUGGCCAACGUCCCUUCAUGGGUGACAAACAUUGGAGAGAGCUACCCAGAGGAGAGACUGCAACACACAGUGCACCUCAUGCAUCACCUGGCAACUUCUCAACAAAAAGACGCAGACUGUCAGAGACCAGAAGAGGCCUUUCCCCCUCAAGUGUGUGAAACAGGUCAGAGAGUAAUGGUAGUUGGAGGAGGUCUGACCAGCGCUCAUGUCGUCUCCCUUGCUCUGCAGCAGGGUGCCAGCCAUGUGACAUGGGUCAUGAGGAAGCACCUGCAGUUAAAGCAGUUUGACGUGGGCGACGUGGAGAGUCUGGUGGGUCGUUACUCCCAUGUGGAGCACGGCAUUAAGAUGGACGGUCAGGCCUAUCUGCGACAGUUCUACAAUGAAAGGAGUCUCCACAAACGGCUGGCAAUGAUCCGCCAGGCGAGGAAAGGAGGAGCCGUCACCCCAGAGGCCUACAUCCACCUACAACCGUUUAUCUUGAGUGGACAGGUGGACGUGAAGACAUACUGUCAGGUGAGUGAAGCCAGCUGGUGCUACAGGAGUCAGGCAUGGAGUCUCUCCCUCUGCAAUGGGGACCACUGGACUGGAAACAUGAUCUGGCUUGCCACCGGCUGCAAACUUGAUGUCAAACAGGACCCGCUGCUUUCAGAGGUGAUGCAGGAAUUCCCCAUUCAGGUGAUUGAUGGUUGGCCGUGCAUAUCGGAGAGCUUGCGGUGGGAAAAGGAUUGUCCUCUCUACCUAAUGGGUCAAUACACCGCUCUACAGGUUGGACCUCAUGCAGUAAACCUGGCUGGUGGACAGGCUGCCAGCAAGCGGAUAGCAAAAGACAUCAUGUGUCUUCAACAGCAGGAGGAUUCAGACACUUUUGAAUUGAGUGGAGGGAAAUCAAAAACUGAGGAAUAUAUUCAACAGAUGCAAGGCCUGUUAUGGCUUUAACAAUAGAGUCUAAAACAUGUGCUGAGUGUUGGCAGCCAUCUGUUUUUGAUGAUGAUGAUGAUGAAAUAUUGCCUUGUUUUAAUAAAAUGCACUGAUAUGAUGGUCUUAUUUUACUUUUUUGGAAACCAUAACUACGUUUUGUUUCCAAUUACCAAAUAAUCAUCCUUUUAUAAGAGGCUCAUUCACAAAGUUCAAUAACUUUGCUUGGUUUUAUUUUAUUUAAUUAAUUGUUGUUGUGAGUGUUUUUGUUUAUUUCUAUUUAACUGUUUUUUUUUUUUCUUUCAUGAGCUCAGUAUUAUUAUUAUUCUUGUCUCUACAUGAAUUUGAUGACAUCUAGAUGUUGCUUUGCACUGGGCUCGGGACAGUGGGGGGGGUGAAUGUCAGUACGGUGCUGUUGUAAGACGGGUUAAAGAUACAUGUUACUGCUGCUGCUACUGUCUUGUCUGCAUGGUGUCUAUUGUUUGGGGUAAAAUAAAAUAAUUGGAACUUUG